UUCGUGGGAAAGCCAGAGGAGGAGCGAGGAGCGCCAGGGUUGCACCGCCUGGCACGACGCCGGGCACCCGGGGGUGCGGAUUGUGCAACCCCCUCCUCUGAGGCACGGAGCCCCCCCGGCCCCCCAGCUGCACUCGCCCGGGGGUGCCUCUCCCGCUCGGAAGGUGCAGGGCGGCCGGGCAGUUCCCCCCGCGGCGCGGCGGAGCCCACAUCACUUCCUCUGGCAGCGGUGACGGUGGCGGCGGUGGCGGCCAGGCCCCCUGCCCGCCUGUCCCCCCCCAGCUCUCCCUCCGGCUGCUGCUGCGCCGGCGGGGCCCUCGCAUUCCUGGGCUAUUUUUAGGGUGGCCCUAUCAGCCCAGCUGUCCCCGCUGCCGGCUGCCUCCCCACUGGUGCCUCUCCCGUGCGGUGCCGCGCUCGCCCCGGCGGAAGCCCUUCUCCUGGCUCCCUCUGCCAGGGCAGCAGCUCCAUGAGACAUCACCAUGGCGUUCUCAUCCCGGUUUGCGUUCUGGGAGCAGAAGGUCAAGGACGAGGACAAAUCUUUAGCUGUGAAAAGACCCGUGAAGGAGGAUGGGGCUUCAGAGAGCCCGAAGGAUGCAGCGUCUGCGCCCCCGAAAGCUGAGCCCCCAAAACCUGAGCCUGUGAAGAGCCCCGAACCUGCAAAGAGCCCCGAGCCACCUCCUGGGAGAGGGAAGAGCCCAGAGCCGGUGCUGAACGGGGCAGCUGAGAACGGGCUGGAGGGCGCAGCCCCCGAGGCACAGGGAGAUGACGGCCAGGGGCUGUCCCGCCGCAAGGUGGUCCGCGUGGUGCGCAAGGUGGUCCGCAAAGUGCUGCCAGGGGAGGACGCUGGCAGUGCCAAGGAGCCAGGCCGAGAUGCCAAGUCUCCUGAGCCGGUGCCACCCCCGAGGAAGGAGGAAGCAGGCCGUGCUGCUGUCCCAGCCCCCCCAGCCCCGCCACCUCCCCCCUCCGUGGUGCCUUCAGCCCCUGCCAAGCCGGAACCCAAGGAUGAGAUCUCAGAGGGGCUCAAAACCCUCAUGGCAAAGGGCAAAUCCAAGGAGCACCGGCCGCGGCUCCGGCCGGGGGACAGGCAGAAGUCCCCUGAGCCCGCUGCUGGGGACACAAAGCUGUCCCCGUCCCCGGGCGCUGAAGCCAAACCAGAGCCACCAGUUUCAGGAGGGAAAGCGGAGCCGGCAAAGGCGUCUGCUCUGAAACCCACGGCCCUGGAGAGGCACAAGAAGCUGCAGACCAGCGAGAAGCGGCCGACCCCUGUGAAAAAUGCCCCAGCUGCCCCCCAGCAGGCUGCCCCUGGCCCUGCUUCCCCUGGCCCCACACACGUGCUGAGCCCGUCUGAGGAGGCGCAGCUCCGGCUGGAGAGGAUCUUCACCACUUCUGUAAUUCCAGAGGUGUUGGUGCUUGCGUGUCGCCUUCCCAGGGAUGGGGAGGCAUGGGCAGCGUGUGGCUGCCCCAGAUUGCCAUGUGCUCUGCACACAGUGACUGUACCCCUGUGUCUGGCUGCCAACCCCAUGGUCCAUCUGUGGGUGACACUGGCAGCAGGGAAUGGAUGACCAGGGCUGUUGGUGGGUUUGGGGAUCAUUGCCCAGACUGGUGUGCUGGGGAUGGGGGCUGCCUGAUUCCCAUAGGGACCCAGGCACACUGUGGUGGCUGGGAUGGACGAUGUCCUGGUGGUGCUGUGCAAUCAUGGCCGUGCCGGGGCCCUGUGGCUUGUCAGGGUGCUGCUUCUGCUCUCUGCCUCUCACCCCCUCUCUUCUUUCUCUCCUCCUUCCUUGCUGC